AUGACUGCGAACUCUCAAAACUUUGAAGACAAUUUAAAUACCACCAACCUUGACUCAGAUUCUGAACACAAACCUGAUGUUAAAAGUAGCAGUCUCUCUCGUCUUGGUGAUACUAGUAGUGAUAACGAUAAUGUUAAAUUCCUAUCACAAAAGGCAAAAACAGACAAAUAG